GAGCCAUGUCGAGUGGUGUCCCCAUAGCAGCAAUCCAAUCCCUUGGCUUUUCCGAAGUAAGAAAAAUGCUAAUGGCAAGCUGAAAAAACCAUUUACCUCUAAAUUAUAAAGGGCCAGCUUUUAGCUCCAAAUUAUACAAGGUUCUAUGUUUAGAGGGGUAGAGAGGCACCUUUGUGAUCAGUGGUCCCUUGUUAGGUUCUAUGUUCCUUUUUGGACAUUAGUGACAAGGUUGUUUUGUAGUAAUUCUUUAGGUCUACCUUUGUGAUAUAUGGUCCCUUGUUAGGUUAUAUGUUUAUUUUUGGACAUUAGUGACGAGGAUGUUUUGUAAUAAUUCUUUAGGUCUUGUUUACUUUAUCAGAGUCCCCUUGUUUUAGUGGGGCUCCUUCUAAUGGGCUUGAUGUUUUUUGGAUGCAUGUCUAUUCUUUUAUUUUUAUUCAAUGAAAGUUCACUUCUUUUUUUUCUAAAAAAUAAAAUACAACGCAAGCAAGAACCUUUUGAAGGGAGGGCUCUAUAAUCGUGUCCUUUCCUUAUUAUUAGAGAAAGGGGUCCUUGUCAUAAAAAACUAACAAGGUUGGGAAUUCUGCUCCUCAGAAACAAGGGCGAUUGCUGGCGUUAAAGCCCUUUAUUACUCUGGCCGUGGGCGCCGUGUGAAAUGGGAUGAAGAUAAUAUUGGUCAUAUUGAAGCAAAUAAACCUGUGCGGCAGAAAAUUACUGAACCUAAAACGCCUUAUCAUCCCAUGAUUGAUGAUGACGUUUUCAUGGAGUAUAUAAAGCAUUGAUAUGCCUUGGCCAUCUCGCUGGGAAUGCAAAUUGAUAUGUUUAGAGUCUCUUUCUCCUGUGAGGGACAGAUUUGACUUGUGUGUUGGCGAUGCAAUGCAUGCAGAAGCCAUUCGAACUGCGUUGAAUGAUGUAGCUUCUUCAUCAAGUGGUAAAAGCAGCCAGCGAUCUAGUGGUUGGACGUCUUCUGAGGAUGAAGCAGAUGCCAUGGACCAAGAUGAUGAAGAUAAGGGCAAUUUGAGCUUUAAGGAACACAGAAGAGCUCACUACGAUGAAUUUAGGAAAGUUAGAGAACUCCUAAGGAAUGGUUCGCUUUUAGUGGAAGAAGACGACGAUGAAAACGUCGAGAUGGAUGUGACAAGAAGAUGUUAUUCAUCUUCAUCACUAAGUACAGGUGUGAAGCACAUUGGUAUUGAGAAAAAGGAUAAAGAUAAUUUCUCUCAACAAUCACCUUCACCAGCCAAUGGAGUUGGAGGUAGAUCCAAGCAAAGGCAAACAUAUCCAACUGACUGUUAGAAACAUCUGAUAAGAAAUUGUUUGGGUGCAAAAUUUCCAAUGACUUCUUUUUUUCCCUUUUCCUUUCCAUUUUUGUCUAUGUAGGACUCUGUAUUGUAAAUAACUUCAUUUCUUUGUCCAUCUCAAAUGUGGCAAGAGUAUGAUAACAUCUGGCUUCUUUUCCUUUUGUUCCGUUCCAUUUGGCAAUACCAUUUCUGCUUGGCAAUAAUUUUGAA